AGGUACCAUGGCGCUGAAAGAGGUAUCUGUGACAAUACCGAUGGCAGUGAAGAUAAUGGACACGGUUACGCUUCACUGUAAAUACGAUCUUGAAGGAGAACCGCUGUACACUGUCAAGUGGUACAAAGGUACCAAAGAAUUCUACAGGUAUAUCCCUAAGGAGCUACCGAAUACCCAGAUGUUCCCUUUGCCUGGUAUAGAUGUCGACAUGCAGAAGAGUAGCCCGUACAAGGUAGUCCUGAAGAACGUGCAACCUGAAGUGACGGGUAGAUACAAAUGCGAAGUAUCUUCGGAUGCCCCCAAUUUUUAUACCUACAUGCAGUCAGGGUACAUGUACGUCAUUG